AUGACAGCCAUCCAGAUCCCAUCAACAACCAAGUGGCAAAAGAGCAAAGUGUCUCUGCCCUGCAAUGCUAAACUUGUUCUGAAAGAGGACAGGCCAAGAAGAAGGGUGACUCCAUCUGUUUACACCCAGGAGUUGUUACAGUCUACAGAGGAGCGCUUGGCUAACACCAAUGAGAUGCACCCGCCCCGCAUACUGGAACUGCUAGACAUGAGCAAGACCACACAUCACAAAUUGUCUUUGGUGGAUGUGGAUCAGCCGCUUUUCCAGCCCUUUCCAUCUGAGCUGGUCUUCCAGAACUUCACUCCUGCACAGACCUACAAGUUACCUCUCCUUCUCUUCAACAAGGACAAGGUUUCACGGCAAAUGAAGCUGGAGCUGCAGGACUCAGAGCAUUUUACGGUGGUAGGUGAGGAUGCAGGGAACAAAGUUGCACCGGGACUGUCUGCCAGUUUCAGUGUCUUCUUCACCCCACAGGAGAACAAGGACUACAACCACAGACUGGUUUGUGUGACAGAAAGGGAGCGUUUUGAGAUCCCAAUUCGUGCCAUUGGGCCACGGGCCAUCCUUGACUUUCGUGAUGAGCUCUACUUACCUCCCUGUCCUGUGAAAGCUUCCACACAGAGGACUCAGCUAGUCCGCAACAUAGGGAACGGAAAAGCCAUGUUCAGCCUUCACACACAGAGGCCUUUCUCAGUGACGCCCUCUUCUGGGACUCUUGAUGUAGGCGAGAGCAUGCAGGUGACUGUGGAUUUCAACCCCAUGACCACAGGAGACCACAGGCAGGACUUGCUGCUGCACUACCACACAGGUGAGGAUUUAUACAUCAGCCUGUAUGGGGCUUGUGAAGAGCUGAGCAUCCAUGUUGAGCCUGACUCUGUCCUGUUAAAGAAGACUUACAUCUCCCUGGCAAACGUGCACACGGUGUCCCUCGCCAACAGCAGUGAUAUCCCCCUACAGUACAAAUGGACGACAUGGGCCAACCAGCAAGAGGAGGAGAGCCUCGAGUCUGACCCAACAGCGAACCAUCGCCUCCCACUGCUGUCCAGAGCCCUCCAGGAACGCAGAAGCCAGGCUGUAAAAGACCACCUGCUUGCCCUCUCAGACAACUGCAUCACUGUGGAACCAGCGGAAGGUGAAAUAUGGCCCAACACCACGGCUCACUUCAACAUUGUCUUCAAGCCAGAGGAGGCCAAACUAUACCAACAAACCAUAUACUGUGAUGUCACAGGCCGUGAAUCUCGCUUACCUCUUAUAAUCGAGGGUGAAGGCAUGGGACCUAUACUCCAGCUCAACUAUAACCUCAUGGACAUGAAAAAUGUAUUUAUUGGUGACAAAGACUGUUAUGAGGUUCUGGUGUCCAACAGAGGGCUCAUUGAUGCCCCGUUCAGGCUGUCAAGCCCCAACACCACUUUCGGCCGCUGUUUCUCCUUCAGUCCUGAGGAAGGUGUUGUUCCCUCCGGGGCCUGCCAGAUUGUGGAAGUCACCUUCCACAGUUGCAUCUUGGGAACUUUCUCUGAGGACUUGCUGCUAACUGUCACAGGACAGCCGCAGCCACUUACCUUGACAUUCAGGGGUUGCGUUAUUGGUCCCACUUUCCACUUCAACGUUUCAGAGCUCAAUUUUGGAGAUGUGGCUUUCGGUUUCCCACAAACAUCGAUUUGUACCCUCUUCAACACAUCCAUGGUCCCUAUGACCUUUGCCCUAAGUGUCCUGGGAGACGGGUUGGGAUCUCCCAGUGUGACCAGCGCCAAACAGUUGUCUGAGAUGUUUAGAAACGAUUGGCAAGGCAGUGCUGCUAGAGACCUCCAUGCAAGGCCUGUGGAGUUCACAGUCAGUCCUGCGGCGGGCUCUGUGCGGGCCAUGUCAGACAUCACCAUUAAGGUGACGCUGUGCUCCAACACAGUCAAAAGAUACAGACUGGCACUGGUGGUGGAUGUUGAGGGUGUGGGGGAGGAGAUCAUGACGCUGCCUAUCAAUGCAAGGUGUGUUGUACCUGACAUUGUCGUGCAGACUCCGGUGUUGGACUUUCAAAGGUGCUACCUCGAUCACCCUUAUGUACAGCAGGUGCAGCUGACCAACAACAGCGAUCUGCCUGCCUGCUACGGCGUGCUGGAUCAGGAAUAUGAGGAAAGUCCUUCACUGAUUUUUGGCAGUUCUGCACCCAGAGGAUUGAUUCCACCUCACAGUUCAGAGGAGAUUCCUGUGUUUCUGCUGGCUAAGGCCGUCGGAAGGCUUCAUCACACUCUAAGCAUUGCUGUGUUUGGCAGCAUCCAACCACCUCUGGAAGUUUUAUUGUCCUUUAUCGGACAGGGUCCAAUAAUUCACGUUAAGAGCCGACAGCUGGAUUUCGGAAGAAUCCCGGUUCUGACGGACAGUACUAAAGUCCUGCAUCUAUCAAACCAGUCUCCUAUUCCAGCUCGCUUUACAGCUCUCAUGAGCCAUGGAAGAUCCCCUUGGCGUGUUGAACCAAGUGAGGGUGAAGUGCCACCAGAAGGCCAGCUGGAGCUCAGGGUGGCAGCACACUUAAAGGACACACUCUUCUUCCAGGACAAACUGGAAGUGUCCAUUCAGAACAGUCACACACACACUGUCGCUCUGUCUGCGACUGGCACCGGCACCACGAUUGUUAGCGACAGGCCUUUUGCCCCCAGUCUUGAUCUGGGCACCCACUUCAGCCAUGGGUCAUGCCAGUACCACUUCAAGCUGACUAACCACGGCCAGCGGAUACACCGGAUGUACUGGAAGACUGAUGGUUUCUUGCCCUCCUCUAAAACCCGCAAGGGGGAGCUCUCAUCUAGUCGAACUUUCCUGCCCUCCAUCUCCGGUCCGAGGAAGAAAGACAUUUCCGGCCGUGGAUCCCUGACGUCUUCUCUCACAGACAAGCCGGUGUUCAGCCUCAGCCCUUCUCGCGUGGAGCUUUUCCCGGGCUGCUCCGUUGACAUGGUGCUGACAGGAUCUUCAGACUCUCCAAAAGUUGUACGGGAGCAUCUGGUGUGCCAUGGCAUUGUGGGUCACCAGAGCAGUUACGAGCGCAUCAUGGCUGUAGAUGUAACCUGUCGCUUUGUGGCUCCUCUGCUCAGCUUUUCAUCCAAGCGGCUGAACUUCCACAUAGAGAAAGUCCCAGGAAAGACUCUUAUUCCCCUAUAUGAGAAGCUAGUCUUAAAGAAUGUGUCACCUUUGACUCUAUCCAUGGAGCUCUCUCUUGUGGAGCCUUUCUCUCUGUGUGAGGCCCGAGGAGGCCAUAGCUCAGCUACCACUAAGUCCAUGGUUUUAGGUAACGGGAUGCAGGCUGAGUUGUGGGUAUGCUUUAAUCCAGCUUAUUGUGAGGAUCGGGUGUCAAGAGUCGUUGAUGAGUUCCUUGACGUGCACUACCAGGGACACCCACAGCGAGACGCGGUGGAGCUGCACGCCGAGGUCCACUUCCCCAACCUCCACUUCUCCUCCACCACAGUGGAUUUUGGCUGUGUGCUCAACUGCACAGAGACUCGCAGAGAACUCACAAUCACCAACUGCUCCCCACUGCCUGUGUUUUACCGCUGGGCUUUUCUGGUGGAUCACAGAGAGACAGAGGUGAAGAAACUGUUGCCGGAGGAAGAGGUAGAACAGGAAAAUCCAAUAAACGAGACUGAAGAGAGAUGGGGUUCCUCUAGAACGCCUUCUCCUGGCUCUGUGUGUGUGGAAGAGCUGUUUGAUGUCCUGCCCAUUUAUGGUCAGCUGCAACCUGGGGACCAGCAGCUGGUAACGUUCUACUUCUACGGCCACGACUACGUCAGCAGAGAAGUGGUAGCACAGUGCCAGGUGGAGGAAGGGCCCACGUAUGAAAUCAAAGUCAGAGGAGAAGCAUCAGAAGUCAACUACAGUCUUGACUCUGCCAUUGUCGAUUUUGGUCCACAGCUGUUUGAUCAUGUAGGGGAAGCUAAGGUGAUUCUCAGGAAUACCGGAAAGGUGCGCUUCAAAUUUAGCAUCCAGCGGACUCAAAAGGAGGAGGAAGAGGAGGAGGCAGAUGAAGAAACAGGGGGACAGAAGAAGGAUGAGCAGCUGGAAGAAGACACUGAGCAAAAUGAGGAAGGUCAGGAGGUCAGACCUGGCCAGCCCAUGGUUAUCCCCAGCAUGGGUUACGUUGAUGCCAAAGCUGAGCAAUGCUUGCGUGUGCUCUACCUCCCGGGUGUCCCCGAGGUGUUUGAGAAGCGGCUUCAGCUGGAAGUGGCUCACCUACCACCGCAGGAUAUCAUGCUGACUGGGGAGGGAGUGUUCCCGAGGAUCAGCUUGAAUUUGCCUCAAAACUUGUCGGACGAGUGCUACAGUGAUGUGGUGCAGCAGGCCAGAACAGCUGUGGAGGCAAAUGGAGUCAGAGAGGAGGUUAUAAAUGGAAUCACCACCGGAGAAGGAGCAACGACAGAGGCCACCUGCACCCUCACAUAUGAAGAGCUGCUUCACAUGGAGAUUGAGAGAACACUGGUCAGAGAAAACGCUCUCGCUGUGAUCGGUAGCCUGUUGGAGCUCAGAGACUCGCAAGAUUCCUCAAGAAAGUGGCACAAACUUAGCAAGUUCCAGCUCCCAGAGUAUGUUUUGGAUUUUGGUUAUGUCACUCCCAGCAAAGUCCUCAGUCACACUGUAAAUGUCACCAACACUGGCUCAGUGGCUGUGUCCUUCCGUGCUAAUCGCAAACCUCUCUCUGGCACAGGUUUCAGUGUAGAGUUUGAAAGAGUGAAGAACCUCCCCUGUGGUGAGACACAGACUUUCACAGUCAAGUUUGAUUCCCAAAGAGCCAACCUGCAGAUGGGGGGCAUAAGUGUUGUCAUGCCAAUACAGGUCACAGGUGGCCCAUUGGUGCAGGUGAGGCUGACUGCAGUGGUGACUGUGCCGAAGGUGACUGUUUCCACGGAUACACUGCAGUUUGACCCUGUGCAGUGUGGCAUGUGUCAGAUGAAGACAAUACAACUGUUUAAUCAUGAGCUUGUGCCCUGCAACUGGACCAUAGUUGAGGAGGUGAAGACUUACAGAAAGGUUGACAAGUUCCUGCCUCUCCACCAGCGUAAAAAGUUGUUGCAGGAGCAGCGACCUCCUCCAGUGGUAUUUGAAGUGGUUCCUUGCUCUGGCACACUUUCCCACGGAGAAAAAGUCAAUGUCCAGGUCAAGUUCAGCCCUACUGAGGGGUGUGUUUACAAAAGGCAGCUCAUAGUCUGUGUGGCAGAGGGCACCCAGCAGGUGUUCAUUACAGCUCAGGGGCAGGGUGAGGAACCACAACUCGAGUUCUGCCCAUCGCUGCUGGAGCUGGGGCCUUGCCUGCCUUUCAGCAUGGAGGUGGAAGCCACUGUCACAGUCAAAAACCCCGGUUCUUUCCCCGUUGAAUUCUACUCCCUGGAGUUUGACACUCAGUAUCUCGAAGAAGAAAAGAUCCUGCGACUGAUGCAUGGUUAUGAUGAGAACAACGUGCUGCUGCUGCCCCCCAGGACCCCCGGAGAAAGUCUUCCCACAGAGCUGCUCGACUACUACAAGGAACACUGCUCCCAGCUGAAAGAUGAUGUUCUUUCAGAGAUGGCCAAAGUUGGAAGCAAUGGGAGACUGGGACACCUAGAGAUGACCCCUGUCUCCAGAGCAAUUGCCCGCCACAUGGGUUUUGAUCUGUCACCUGAAGGUCUGGCUGCACGCAACCGCAGAGGCAUCGCUAUUAUUGUAUAUGGAGCCCCACUGACAGGUAAGAGCAGCAUAGCAGCUGCUCUGGGAGGUCACUACGGAGGGGCGUGCCUGAGUGUUGAUGCUGUGGUAACAGAUGUGCUGAUAAAUGAAACCACAGCAGCAGAACCUGCAGCACCUCUUGAAACUACAAAUCCAGCUGCAAAUCCAGCUCCCGUGGAGGUUCUUGCGAAACCCAGCGAAGACAGCUGUGCUAGAAAUAACUCCAAGGAACUUCAGGAGACUGAAAGCACAGAUGUUCCUGGAGUAGAUGAGACCACACUCAGCAAUCUCUUGCCUGAGCAGCUACUGGUUGAUAUCCUGGCAGAGAGAUUCCAGUUAAGUGACUGUUACCGCGGCGUAGUGAUCGAUGGCCUGGAGUCGGUGUACACUCAAUCAGUGGCAGGCACACUGCAAGUUGUCCUCAAGGCUUUUAAUAACCGUAAACACAUCUAUGUAGUCAACUUGUCGGACUCCUACAACGCCCUGAAGGCACGGGAGAGAGCUCAAAGAGAAGCUGACGAAGCCCUACAGAAAGAGAAAGCUGACAAGGAGAAGCAGUGGCUGCAGGAGCUGGAUGAGGACGAGUAUGACGCUCUACCAGAGGAGGAGAAGGAACGUAUUGCUCGGCGACACAGAGAGCAGAAACUCAGGGAGCUCGAGCAAAUAAUGAAAGAGCAGGAGGAACAGAGGCAACAGGAGGAGUUGCAGAGACUAAAAGAAGAGGAGCUGAAGAAGAAGAGUAAAAAGGAAAAAGGCAAGAAGGAUACUAAAGAAGGCUUACGGAAAAAGAGCUUGCUGGAGGGAAAGCAGAGUUCAGAAAGUUUGGAGAAGCAGGGACUGAAAGAAGAUGAAGGAGAGCCCAGAAAAAGCAAAAAGGGUGUAGAGAGAGAUUCUAAAGAUGUAACAGGAAAGAAAGGGGAAAAGCAGUCAACAGCUGCAUUGGAUGGUUCCCGGAUGUCUCCUAACAACUCUAAAGAAUCACUAAUGGACACGAGGGAGCAACGUAAUUUAAACGAAGGUGCCAACAAAUCUCAUACAGCACAGCUCAGCAAAGAGACUGAUCAUUCAUCUAAGAAGACAGAAGAAACCAAUGGAAACCAGCAGACAGAGUCUCCCCAACAAGCCGACAACCUGGAGAGUGAAACGUCUGGUGUAGAUGAGCUACAGUGUCAGUUCAGUGCAUAUGAGCAGAGCCAGGCCCAAGUAGAGCACAUUCUGCAGCACUGGGACCGGGCCCAGGGAUUUUUAAUGGUCCCGCUCCCAGGUGAGGAAGUUCCACCGGGGACAGAGGAUGUCCCAACAGAGAAACACACCCCUGUUGGCAAGAGGGCCAAAAAAGCCAGUGGGAGGAUCCUGUCUCCAAUGCCCAGCCAGAUGUCAAUACAAGCUGAACCAGAAAAGCUGCUGCCACUGGACAUCACCCCUCACAUUGUCCUCAACGUAACAGGCAAAGAAUACCUCAGUGCCACUGAGUUACUCAAGGGCAACACCCUGCCCCCCCUUGAGGAGGUGUUGGAUGAUUUAGGGUUGGGACCUAACGGCCCACCCAUUCCUCCUCCCAUCACCUUCUCCAUGGUUCCUUUCCCCAAAAACAGGGUGCAAUCUAACAGUCAACUGACUUGUGACUGUUUUGCAUUCCUGAGUUGCUCUGGGCUAGAUGAACAGGGUGAUGAGAAGAAGGACUCAGAGGAAGAUGUACAUGCAUCAUCGGUAAAGGAGGAGGCUGUUGCAACUUCUAAAAGUCGUAUGAAAGCCAAUACCAAGGAAGCAGCGAAGGACAAAGACAAAAAGGGCAGAGAGAGUCAGAAGGGCAAGAGACGAACGUCAGCCAAGACAAAAACAAAGGGGUCGGACCGGUCUCGCUCUCCUCCUUUACAUGUCUCCUCCAUGUAUGGUGGCACCGAACAAGACCAACACCAAGCAAACUUAGAGCUGAAACGCAACCAGAGCCUGACAACAUUUCGCUGGUUUGUUCCAGCCAAUGGCGAAGUGGUUUUAAAAAUGUGGUUCUACUCAGACUCACCAGGGAAAUUUGAACAGAUCUUCAACUUUGAGCUAGUAGGGACCCAGAGACGCUACCAGCUCUCCUGCAGAGGAAUGUGUAUAUAUCCCUCCAUCUGCAAAGACUACAAAACUCUUUUUGGCUUCAGUAGAAAGGUGCUGAAAAUGGAAGAAGGGCUCCAGAAGACUUAUGUGGUCAAGCCUGGAUUCUUUGAGUUCGGACCAUUACUCUGUGGCAAGAGCAGAGACAGAUACAAGGAAAAUAAGUACCCAGAGAACACAGAGAGACUGGUGAUCAAAAACAAUUCAGGUCUGGAGGCUCAGGUUCAGUUCCGUUUCCAGCACGAUACGCAGGCCGCCACAUAUCUACUGGACCCCCCAACCAUGACUCUCAAACCUGACGAGAGACAGGAGUUGACAGUGUGGGCCUACCCAACAAAAGUGGGAGAAAUCAAGGACAGCAUUGUGUGCUGUAUCAAAGACAAUCCAGAGCUUGUCAUCAUCAACCUCUCCUGCUGGGGAGUUCGACCGGAGCUGGAGCUGGAAAGCAAGCAUUUGUCUUUUGACAGGAUUUUGCUGCACAGACGGGACUGCCGUAGUGUGACUCUCCACAACAACACAGCUCUGCCGGUAUACUGGAAACUGCAAGGUGUGGAGGAGUUGGGUGAUGAGUUCAGUGUGCCUCAGGAUGUGGGCAUCAUCACACCCAACUCCUCUUUCCCCCUGAGUUUGCACUUCAGGGGCAGAAGGCCGCUGCACAUUAAGAAGAUUUUACGCCUGGAGGUUUCCGAUGUAGGAAAGAUUCUUGGCAUCGUGCACACAGAAAACAUACAGGUCACUGCAGAAGUCUAUGAUAUAGCUCUGGACAUCACACCUGUGGCAGAUGGCUGUUUGGACUUCGGAACCAUUAAAGUCUUUGAGGAAGCAAAGCUGUCCCUCAGGAUGAAAAACCAAGGAAAAUAUGAAAUAGCUUACAAGUUUACAUUUGAGCGGACAGACGCAAGCCAGCCCAACCUUGACUCCAUUUUAACUGUGUUCCCCCAAAGUGGUGUUCUGAUGCCCCACAAAAAACCCACAACAGUGCAGAUCGUUUGCAAACCCAUGACGGAACUCUCAAUUAUAGAACAACCUGUCCUGCCUUGCCAGGUGAUUGAACCCAGCAUUGGGCAGGGAGGAGAAACUAUAGCUAUUUUAGCCAUGAGGGUUUCAGUCCACUCCGUCUUCUCCAGGUACAAGAUCACACCUUCAUGUGACAUCAACUUUGGCCCGCUGGUCUACGGCACCAAGAAAAGCCACAGCUUCACUAUUGAGAAUAAUGGAGUUUUUGAGAGCCGUUUCAACAUCUGCUGCCUGAUCCCAGACAAUGCCCCACCAGGGAGGCCUGGAGGUUUAGCUCCAAGUAAGAAAAUAUCUCCAGAGAACCAUUCAGCGAAACACACUGGUGCUGCCAGCAAAGUGAGAGGCGAGCCCCUCCCCAAAGACACGUGCACAACACAGAAUCGCCACACCGUGGGGGUGUUCUCAGUGUCUCCUUGCACAGGGCCCCUGCAACCCGGGUCUCAGCAAGUGGUGACAGUGGACUGUAUAGCUGAACAGCUAGGCAGUUGGAGCCAGGGUUUGCUCAUUGACAUCAGUGACCGUGACCCCUCAGACCAUCCUGAGGGCAUACCGUACAGACUGCUGGCUGAAGUCUGCAAGCCAGGCAUAGCGUUAGACAUGGCCUCCAUCUUUGAAGAGCACCACAUGUGUCACAACAGCAGUGAGCUCUCCUCUGAGCAAUUUUGUAAUGCUGAAGGCAUUUACAUGCUGGAAGAGAACAAAUUUAUUUUCAACAAAAUCCUGGUGGGGCGAACGGCUCAGGCUCGCCUCAAAUUUACCAACAACAGCAAGGUGCCCUGCGUACUCAACUUGGCCAUCAAAUAUGCUGGCGUGAAGGUGGCGCGCAACCUGGAUGUUUUCGAUUUGUCUGCUACAACAGUGUCUAUUCCCAGCAUGUCACACUCGUUCGUUGCGGUCACCUUCACGCCACAGACCAUGCAGCUUUACAGUGCUGUGUUUGAAGCCACAAUGGAGGGAACUAACAGAAUGACACCCACAUUCAAGAGCAGGGUGCUGGAGUUUGACCUCAUCGGCGAAGGCUCUCUGCCCAGUGUAUGUGUGUUGCGUCCAGCACUGAAAAACAGCGGUGGAAACCCGAUGCUACAGUUCAGGCGUGUAUUGGUAGGGCGGAGACAUACCCUGCGCUUGGUGCUGCUAAAUGAUGGAAAUGUUUCAGCGCAGGUCCAGAUUGAUAUGCUGGAUAAACAUGGAGUGUUUUCCCUCAAAGCUGCUCCUGGCAACACCAGUAGCUCCAUCCACUCCACACGACUUGAAGGCUCCACUGACUCUGAGCAUCAGAUGGUGCACAAGGCCAGCCUGAGGCUAGAUGUUAACAAGGAAGUGGAGUUUGAGGUCAGCUUCUGCUCUGAUAAGCCCCUGAGUGUCAAGGCCAAGAUGACACUGCAGGCGGAGGGCAACCAGUACAGCACCACCAUAAUACGAGUUACCGGAGAAGCUUACCAGGAAAUUGUCUCUCUGGACAACAUUAGCAGGUCACUGCAGGAAGCGGAUCAGGAAGAUGAUGAGAAAGGCAAUUAUGAAGUGCUGAAUUUUGGUGACUGCCAUGUAGACUGCCCGUACCAAGAGAGUUUCACUAUGAUCAACCACAGCAGCAGCCAGGUGGUGAGGUUUGAGUGGCCGCCAGCUGGGCACCACGUCUUCUUUUCACCACAGGUAGGACACCUCCACGCUGGCUGCUCUAAGGAAGUGACUGUCAACUUCUGCUCCAGUCAGCCAGUGACUCUGACCAGCCAGCCAAUGAAAUGCAAGGUUUGUCAGAUUGAGUUCCAGCAGCCACUGGAGCAGGUGGCUGACUGGGAUGACCGACAGAGGACAGUGCAGUGGUUGAGUUCCUCAAAGCAGGCUUCAGGAACACAACCUGUGAAGAAUAAGGUAUGUGUGAUAAAGACAGAUCCUGAGCCAUGCUGCUCUGUAGUUGAGGGCACACAGUGGGAGCUGGAAUUGCAUAUUAAUGCAGUUUGCAACUAUGUCAAGUUCAGCUGCAACACCGACGCCAUCCACUUCAAAGACACCUUGCUUUACCAAACCAGGCUCCACCAACUGGAGAUAGUGAAUCAGGGCAAUGUGAAACUGGAAUUCUUCUGGAAAGUCCUCAUGGAUCCAAGCAGCAACAGUGUCAACCAAAACCAAGGAGUUCAAACCCAGCCAGGGACCUAUGCGGCAGCAGGAGCGCUGACUGGAGCCCGUCCUGCCAGCGCUCUGGCCAGUGUGAUGUCUCUUCUGAUGGGGAACCCUGAGCUUCCACCCUUUACUGUGGAGCCCAGCAUGGGGGCCAUUCAGCCUGGUGCUACGCAGAAUUUCAGUGUUUGCUUUUCACCUUUGGAGGUGUCCCAAUUCCAGGGCAAGUUGCUCUGCAGUGUCCCCAACUUGCAGGACGAGGAUCAGGCUCCCUGUAUCUCACUUUGUGGCCGCAGCCUGUUGCCCAUCUGCCACUUUGACAUUGAGGACUCGGACUACAUUAGUGGGGACCGCCGCAGUCCUGAGUUCAGGGAUACUCUGGACCCUAACACCAGGGUCAUAGAGUUCAACGCUAUGGGCUUUUCUGUACCAACAAAAAGAUGUUUUAGUGUGGUGAACCCAACCAGUAAGCUCUACUCAUUCAAGUGGCGGUGUGAAGACACAAAUGGCAGCCCGUUCCACUGCCUCACCCCGUCUGGAACCAUCCAGCCUGGGAAGAAAGUGGAGGUGUGUUUUGAAUAUGUAGCUGAGCAGGUGGACGUGGUGGAGUCAUCCUGGAGCUUCUUGAUUGAGUCUCUGUCACUGUCUGUUCCCUUCCUGUGUGUGGGCACCGGUAGAGAACCACUUGUCUAUUUUGACAAACCUCACCUUGACUUUGGAGAACUGCUUGUUGGUCGUAAAGUGGAGCAGACAGUGGAUCUGGUUAAUGGAGAAGAGGAACCCUUCCACUUCUCUGUUCUGCAGUCAUCUCUUCUCUGUGAAGACCAGCAGUCAAGCCUCAUUUUGCAGCCCAUGACUGGCACAGUGGCAUCCAAAGACAGGUUGUCAUUGUCAGUGUCCUUCACGCCUUGCCGUGAGGGCUAUGUGAGCUUCAGAUUGGUUCUGAAGGUAAAGAAGAAGUCAGAGCCACUUGCGCUCACCGUUAAGGCAGAUUGUUUCAACAUGAGCACUUCUGUUCAAGUUGAAAGUCAGGUUGGAGGCCUCAGAGAGAUUCACCCUGACCUUCUAGAUACUUUGGACUUCGGAAAGGUGGGCGUUUCAGAGCAAGUCACCUUUAACAUCCUGGUGUCUAACCAGGCGAAAUUCAGCCUGGAGGUGAACUUUGACCUAGCAGGUCCCAGUGAGCUGCUGCAACAUUUAGAUGCUAAACCACAAAAUACUAGUAUUGAGGUUGGGAAGCAGCUGCAAUCGUCACUCUUCUUUUGUCCUCGGAACAUUUGCAACCUCCAGGAUGUCAAACUGAGUAUCAAGGUAAAACACGGGCCAACAUUUAACUUUGAUAUUAAAGGCAGGGCUGUUGCACCCAGCCUUGAAUUCUCCUUCACCAAGUAUAACUUUGGCAAGUGCUUCCUGUACUGUCCUGGCAUGGUGCCAGCCUCUCAGACUCUAGUGAUCAGCAACAAGGGCAAAAGGGACAUCAGUGUCCAGUGCCAGUUCAAGAACAGCUCUUACCUGGAACUUGACUUCCAACCAGAUAUUUUGUCCUCUGGUGCUGCAAUGAAAGUACCAGUCACCUUCUAUCCUCGUGACCCAUGCCGUUAUCAUGAAAAGCUCAACUUCGUCUUCAACAGUGGAGUUACAAAGCAAGUGGACAUACUGGGGCAAGGCAUCGAGAUGAAGUUGGAAGUAGAAGAUUCCAGGCAGCGAAAGGUUAAACUGGGAUCCCUGUUGGUGGGUCAGAAGGUGAAAAAGCAGGUGGUUCUGGUCAACCGCAGCCCUUUAGACCUUUCCUUCACCUUGCAGCUCAACACAAACACACUACUGGACCCUGGGGACCUGUCAUUCAGUCCAGCAGGUGAGCUGAACCUGAAAGCUGGUGGUGGCUCGUGUACUGUAGAGAUCAAGUUCUCACCCCGUCAGCCCAUAUCUCCCUUCAAGGCUGAGCUGCAGGCGGAGUGUGCAGGCCUUUUACACCCCCUGCUGACCAUCCAAGGCUGCUGUCAGGGUGUGGUGGUCCAUCUGGAUCAGGAUCACCUGGCCUUUGGAGCUGUAGUCCAGCGCUGCCAGGCCAAGAGGAGGAUUGUCAUGACGAACACUGGAGACAUCGGUGCCAGGUUCCACUGGAAAACAGAGAAUUUUCCUCCAGUGUUGUCCAUUGUACCAGCUAAAGGCUACAUCUGUCCAGGCAUGGAGGUUCCUUUUGAAGUGACUUUUGCUCCUGUGGAACUGAAUAACGACACAAGAUAUGAAAACCUGCCUUGCAGUGUCGACGGUUCCUCCUCACCCAUUACUCUCACUGUAACAGGCUCCUGCAUUGUGGCCCCCACUAGCAAAGAGGUGGUGAGUUUUGUUUGCCCAGUACGUGGCUCUCACACCCAGACACUCCCUGUGUGGAACCCAACCAACCAGCAGUGCAGCAUCCGGCCUGUGAUAGAGGGCGAGCAGUGGAGAGCUGCACCCUCCGUGAUCCUUGAAGCUCACCAACAUAAGACAUAUGAGAUCACCUACCGACCGCUGACCAUGACUGCUGAUGGAAAAAAACACCUGGGAUCAGUGUUUUUCUCCUUCCCUGAUGGGACAGGCGUGCUAUACUCCCUGCAGGGAACUGCUGAGCCUCCCAAGGCAGAGGACAGCAUUGUGCAAGAGCUGUCUGCCAAGACUCACCAUACAGAGAUGCUGCCUGUGCACAACGUGCUCUCAAAGCAACAGCGGUUCCAUGUGAUGAAAGAGAUCCUGAAACCUGACAAGCCAGAUGCUACAGUGUCCCUUAAGGGUUUAGAGUACAUUGAUGUCCCCGCUUUGGGCAAAAGCGACUACAAGUUGUCUUUUUUCACAUACAAAGAGGGCCAGUACAUCAACAAGGUGACAUUUCGUAACGAGGUGUCCGGUGAGUACUUGUUCUAUCUCGUCACCUUCAAGGCCACAUCUCCAAAACCCAUGUCCACCAUAGAGCUGGAGACUGCCGUCCGCCGGAGAGCCUCAGCCACUGUGUAUGUGGAGAACCCUCUGAUCACAGCAACCUGCCUCACCACUGAGUGUAAAUACCCUGACAUCAGCGCCCCACAUCAGCACACCGUGCCAGGACAAUCCAAGGGUGCUGUGAGCUUCGAGUACCAGCCCCUGCGCACGGGCGAGUCUACAGCCCGGCUAACUCUGUGUAGUAAUGAGCUGGGCUACUUCCACUACGAUCUGCUUCUAAGAGCUCUGCCACCUCCUCCAGAGAAAAUUGUCCACUUCAACACUUGUCUUGGCAGCAGCCACACUGUCCCUGUGAAGUUCUUCAACUACGCCCGCUUCAAAACUGAGUAUGCUUGCAAGGUCGAUUGCUCGGACUUUACAAUGGACAAGACUGUCAGUGCUUCGCCAGGUUUCCAGGCAGGCACGCAGAUCAGCGUGGAGGUUUGUUUCGAGCCUCAUCAGCUGGGGGAGGUGAGAGGCCAGCUCAGCCUGUCCUCAGGAAUUGGCGGUGAAUACAUCUUUCCAUUACACGGGACCUGCCUCCCUCCCAAAGCUCAGGGCCCAUUCAGCAUCAGGGCUGGUCGCAAUGUCACGAUCCCCUUCAAGAACGUGUUCCUGCAGACCACAGCUUUCUCUUGUCAGGUGGACAACCCAUCUUUCACUGUCAAAGGAGUGGACAGCAUCCUCUCUAAAAAGACCUACAACAUCCUGGUGUCCUUUGAGGCCCCUACUGGAGGCUUUCCAGGGCCCUGGUUUGGCAAACUGACUAUCUCCAGCCAACGCUCAGAGGCCCAUAGCAUGCCCUGCUCUUGGGUUUAUUACCUGAGGGGUUACUGCCCUGAAUCAUCUUAG